UCUUGGUGGGGUGGGGGGUGUGCAAGUGACAUUGCGGCUGUGUGUUGAAUACCCUUCGUGGGCAGGAUGCUGUGCCCUCUGAAAACUGAGCAGGCCUCGCCGGUGUGUGCGUGUGUGAUGGUGGUGACGGCGGCGGCGUGCGUUGUGUGCAAGGCGACCUCGGUAUGUGCUCGCUAACAGCACGAGUUGCCCUCUGUAAGCGACAGCCAUCGCCCGCGUUGUUGGUGGUGAUUUGCCAUUCAAUGUACGGCCCUAGCUUUAAUCGGCUGCUGACAAGGCCUGUCCCCCCCCACGUGUUUCUCGUGGGGAUGAUUGACCUUGCGAUACUGUACUUUACGCGGUUUAGUUGGUGGUGGGUAGGGGAAGUGGCAGGAACCAAUUAAUAUCACUCGCCACUGAUGUUAGCCGUGAGAGCUGCACUCGAACUUGGACGCCGCAGUGCGCUUUUACCGCUGCGCACCAUUGCCCCAGCCACGCGUUUCGCUGUUCCGCAACGAGGGCACUUGCCCUCUGUCGGUCCCGGCUCUCACCUUGCCUGGGUUCGACUGGGCCUCGAUCAUUUGCUGGUGCGGUGGUGCUCUGGGGAGACAAAGGCGGUCGAGGCUGGGCUCCAGCCACUGGACUGACCGCGGCACGCAGGGACACGCGCGCCGCCAUGUGGGAACGAUUCGCCUCUCAGCCCGGAGAGGACCAUGAUGGCUCCUCUGACAAGUUCUCCGCUACGGAGUCCAUAAUCAUGAAUGGCUCCCAAGAGAGGUUGCAGCAGAAGCUGGGAGGAGGAAGUGAAGGAUGCAGAAGACAGCGAUGCUGCUCAGGGAUGGAGAGCCCACGCUGUCUCAAGUGGGCCGUGCUGCUGCUGUACCUCCUCUGCAGCGUGCAGUUCACACUCUGGUUCACCACCGUCUCGCUGUCAUCGCGUUACGCCAUCGACGCUGGCAGUCGGGUGCCGGCAGAGCAAGCGGCCGCCCUGGACGGUGCCGGUGGUGGUGGCGGCGGCAGCGUGGUGCGCGCCGUCCAUUUGCUCCGGCACGACGUGGCGCGCGUCUCCGAGCGCCUCGCCGUCGCCGAGAAGGCGGCGAGCACGCGUACGACGCGGCUGCAGCAGCUGGCGCUGCUCGCGCAGGCAACGGAGGAGCGGCUGGUGCGGGCUCGGGAGGACGCCGCCGUCGCUGCCCGACGUUUCGACGCGGCGCUGGCGGAGCUGAGAGCUGAGGCACGAGACGGCGCGAGGGCCGCACAGGACGGAGGCCGCGAGGAGGCGGCGGCGCUCGCGGAGCGCAUCGCCAACCUCACAGCCGCCGUGUGGGACGUGCGGCACGGGGUCGCGGAGCUGCGCGACGACGUGGAGGAGGUGCGCGCCGUCGACCGCUGGAGCGCCGCACUGGCGGGAGCGGUGAACUUGACCUUGGCGAGAGGACCACCUGGGCCCAAAGGAGACAGAGGGGACCCUGGUCUCCCUGGCCAGAGGGGACCGCAGGGUUUCAAAGGGGAUGCUGGAGAGAGAGGACCCCAGGGCUUCCCGGGCCCCCAGGGACAGAUGGGACUCCGAGGCCCCAUGGGUCCUCCAGGGAUGGCGGGGCCGCCAGCCCCGCUGUCAGAACAGGGGCUCGAACCGGUGACCGAAGAACAUAGAGCCGAGUUUGUCGACAUGCAAACCGAGAUUGCGCCCAUCCCCGUCAGCGUCACUCGGCCACCUGGGCUGAAGGGAGAAACAGGUGGAGCGGAGUGCGGCGUGCGCCUGGUUGGGGGCGCAGGCCCCCACGAGGGCCGGCUGGAGGUGCUGCAUAAUGGGAUCUGGGGCACCGUGUGCGACGACGAGUUCGACUUGGCCGAUGCGGACGUAGCCUGCCGCUCGCUCGGCCACCGUGGUGCCAUCAACUUCCAUGACAGCGCUCGAUACGGACAGGGUGAGGGCCCCGUCUGGAUGGACGCGCUGGAGUGUGACGGCUCGGAGCGCUCGCUGUCCGACUGCGCCUUCUCCGGCUGGGAGAUCAGCGACUGCAAUCACGACGAGGACGUGGGCGUCGUCUGCCAGGCCUAGGGGCAGCGGCAGUCGCCAGCGCCAGCUCGGUGGUGGUGGUAGCCCGGUGGUCAUGGCUUUCCCAAUGCCGUGAGACCAACCAUGACCCCUGACCCUGGCUUGUCUUCACGUUCCCUGACAUUUGUACUGAUGAUUGUUCUCUAAAUCCGACCCAUAACCUUUAAAGUAAGUGACAUCAGUGACCCUAACCUUGACAUUAACCACAGUUCUGUGGCCAGUUGCAUAAAUCAGAGUAAGUAAUUUUUUUUCUUGGCUUACUGCAACUGGUUCACAUUACAAAAUAAAUGAAAAUCACGACCUUAGGCUGUUUCAUGCACCGUGACCAAACCUUAUCUUCCAAUUAGCCCUGAGCUUAUUAUACAUAAUGUCAUUGACCGUACCCUUGACUUAAAACUGCAGCUGCAAUUCCAAUUAGGCCAGAGCCUUGACCUUAAACCUGAACUUAAGACUGACACUCAUACCUGUCAACCCAUACAGUUUACCCGAUAUUCUUGUACAGGGAAAUUUAGUUUUCAAGUCCAUACGGCGUACAGCCGUUUCAAUUCCGGCCAAAAAACAUAAUCUGUUUGUUUGUGUUUCUUCCUUGUGAUGGGACUUUGUAGGAUGAAUGUUGAGAUUUAUUAGGGCACGGGGUGACCAAUAAGGUCUGAAGUGGUCUACAAUAAGGUUAGGCACUGAUAAGGGGGGUUAACAGGUAUGGACACUUGACCUGUACCUUAAUCCAAACGUAUGAUUCUAAUGGACCCUUGUAAGUUCAGUCAAUUGUCGUCUCUCAAACCCACACUUCCUCCCCGAAAAGCCAACCGUAUUCACAAGCAAUUCCGCAGCCUUCACAAUCGAUGCAAAACGCCCGGAUCUUUAAACCCCCCCCCCUGCUCGGCCAAUCCCCUCUCCUAACCACCACCAGGAAACCAUGAGACACCAAUGCACAUAUCCAAGGUGCAGAUUUGGGGUCAGUAUUAUGGCAAUGACAGAUGACUAGAGAAAGCGAGGCAGUAGACUGGAGGAGGUGAGUGGUGCAUGCUGUCAUAAAGGCAUUGGGGAACGUAGCACUUGUUGACUAUUUGCUGGAGAUAGGAGCUUACGAUUUAAAGGUUUGUUAAUUUAUUGGUGCUAGCCCUUCCCUGCUGCAGCAUAAUGGUAAUCUCCAAAACCUUUGUUGUCAUGGACUCUUACGAAUGAUUUAAGGCAGUCAUUCCAAUAGUUUCAUAUGAAAGCUUAUCACUUCCCUCCCUCUCGGCUACCUGGCAAUUGAAAAUUACCAUAUCUCAAGGUGGCCAGGUGGCUUCGAGGUCAGAGUACUAUGCUGGCAACGCUGAGGCCGUGGGUUAGAAUCCUGGCGGCAACCUCGGAGGCAGUUUCUCAAGUGUAAUGAGUUGGUGGUCUCGGACUGGUCAACUUAAUAUGGAAUUUCAGGUAAAUUCUAACUUUUGAGAAUGAUAAAUAUCAGUUGACUGCCAAGCACCGACAAUUUUGCUCUAGUAUUGUUUGCGCCCGAGUGUAGGUCACCUGAAGAGAGAUUUCACCUGAAAUAGUUCUGUGAUAUCUUCUUGCGCUGACCAUUCUUUGAACACAGGGUGAUGCAACUCUGUACAGCAGUUUCACACGGAUUUGUUGUCUCUUGACAUGAAACACAGUCUGGCAAAAAUUCAGAGAAAAGACAACAUUUCUAUAAUUUAAACAAAUUAUCCCAUCUCUUCAACUACAUAUCUACCCUGGUGCUGAUUGUGAAGCCGUCAGCAACCCCGGUGCUCGCUGGGAGCCACAGCGUCAGCGAGCGUGAGUUUCUCGCUCCGCGCCGCUGCUUGCAACUUGAGUGGCAGCACCAUGAGUUCGCUCGCGGUGGCCACAGUAAAAGUCGUGCGGGGGAAUCGGAGUCCCUGGGCUAUGGUUUACUGUUGCCCCCCCUUUCCCCGGUUGGGUCAUCAUGAGCAGGACGAGUGUAUGCGGGUAUUUGGGUGUACGCUGGUAUUAAUUGGCAUCAGGCAAUUGGACCCAUGCUGUAGCAAUUGUAAGAAGCGAAGAGCACAAGAUAACUGGAGCUCUCCGGAGUGUUUUCGGGUCAUGCUGCAUGCUGUCCGACACGGUGUCCAACAUUUCGGUACAUGUGCUGGGAGCUUUUUCAGUCUGUUCCUGAAGAAGCUGCCAGCCAGUGUUGUGAAACGUCGGACAUCAUAGGUUUACCAUACACUGCAUAAAGAAGCUCCUCCGGCCACGUGGAGAGAACUGUCGUACGUGGUGCCAAACAGUGCGCGGCACCACCCAAAAACAUGUUGGGAGAGCUCUAUAACUGCGAAAACCUACGCGUUGUGAGUUGACUACGGUUUCCUUAGCUACCCUACCCCCGCCCCCGUUUACCCACCCUAGCCAUUAUCACUCGCGCAGUUGUUUUGAUUGACUCCCAUUUAUCCGGUGAUGCUGUGUUGGUGCAGCAAGCGGUGGUUGGAACUCAGUGCCUUAUUGAUGGGGAUGAGGUUCGAAUGCUGUCUUGGCUUAGGCUGCCUCUUCAAACGGCUUAAUUUCUUGGAAGUCAAAUGCAGAGGCCCAGGAAAACCCCACUUGAGUUAAAAUCCGGUAAAGUUUCUCCCACCCGGGUUUGUGCAGGUGUUUGUAGGAAUUAAAAGUGUAUCAGGUGGUAACCGUAGCAUUUACUUACGGGGCACGGUGGUUCCCGGAGAAUCGUAGCAGGAUCUUUAAGCUAUUGUUACAUUAAUUUACACCUCAAAAUGUUGGGGGUGUUUGGGAGAAUUCGGGGCGAGGGAAGAACACGUUGGGAAAUGGGGAUUAUUGCGGAUUAGCUGUGUGCGUUUAAAAAAAACUAAUACAUUACCACCAACGUUUAAACGCAUCACACCCUGUCCACUGCAUGCAUCAAAGAGUGAACAAAACGAUGCACAACUUGCCCAAACGUGAAGUUGGGUAGCUUGCUUAAAAACCCCACGAGGUAGGGGUUAGUGAGGUGUAAUCCAACCUGUUUGAUGAGAUGAUAGGGAAUGAACGCUACUGACCGAGGGUUCCGCUGUGGAGGGAUGGAGGCCACUGUCAUCGUCCCAACAAGCAGGGUGCGUUACUCGAGCUGGGUUAAGGAGAGAGGGUAAACGUGCUUGAUGAUUGGAUGGCCCAUGUAAACAAACGAAAGAAUCGGCUUAACACGUAGGUUUUUGUGACUAAUAUCCAUAAUACGUAUACAUGUGUUAUUAAACCCGCCACCACCCGACAGCCAAUUAGAAAGGUUUGUCAUGUAAACAAAACAUGCCAAUUAGUUACUAGUGCAGCACACCUGUGGGGACUUACUAACGAAUUGGCAUGUUUUGUUUAUGUACCUUACUAAUUGACUGUCGGGUGGUGGCGGGUUUAACAACACAUUUACGCGAUCUAACCCAAAAAACGUCUAUUAUGAACGAAAAAAAUCCUUGCUCUCUCUGCCAGUUGUAUGUAAAAAAAUGUCUCAAUUGUGAGGUCCCCGUGAGAGCAAGGUUUCCCACACUAAAGUCUGUCAUCACAGUGAAUCACGUACUCUGCUGACAUAUCAGACAGGCGCACAAGCCGUACAUACACACAUGCACAUACAACACACAGAGACAUACAAUACUCGCUCAUGUACAGUAUACGUCAAAUAUAAACAUUCUCACACGUAAAUGCACCUUCACAAACACACAAAGAUCUCUUGUUUAGCCUUGAAGGGGCAAGUGCCGUUAGCGAGCACCUAUAAACGCCAGCACAGCACUGACCCAGUGCUAGGUGGGGAUGUCCAGCCACCACAAAUUCAUCCCUACAUGUUUGGUCGUGUCCAAUUGAUGAGACCGUUACUUAGGGCCUGAGCCAAUCCUGCGUGCACCAGUGCUGCCCCGGAAUAAUCUGGGAGCUUCACCACAGCUCGGACAAAGUGGCUCCUCCACUCUGUGCGUCUGUGAGGGGGUUCGCUGGUUCGAACCCAGGCUCCCCGGCAAUUGCCAAGGGCAGCCCUGGGUGCUUGCGGGCACCGUUACCUUCUUGCGCAUCCAGCCGUUAUGAAACUCUCCGAUGGAGGAUGCACCGUUAUACUUUGGGACGAUCCUUUGCAGUGGCCCCCAAUUCUCUGUGUGAACCCACGAGAUCGUUUGUUCCAUCCCGUUUAUUAGCAGCUGCCGGUAUGCAGUGUGCGGCGGGCCUUAAUUUAGUUAGAUAAACAUACCAUUGCAUAUUUUGCGUGUUAGACUAUAAUAACCCGGUCUACACGUAGCGACUAUACAGAGCGAUUUUCAUUUGACGGACCGCCUGUUCAAGCUAGCGAUUGGCUCUGAUCGUCGUUUGGUAUUGGGCAACGAGGUAACGAUGUGAUGUCCCUUACUAGGUCAGUGUCACUUCAUAUGCCAUCGUGUUCCGGUGUCAUUGCCAGACGUCUGGGGCCAGGCAAUCAAGCUGCGCACGCCUAUUGCGUUUUUGUACCCCAGGACUGUAGCAUUAUGUUGCCACCCAGAUCGACGGCGACUCCCGUUUUUCGCCCUGUAACAGUGUGCCGCGUGUGGACCGGGCCCCCCGAAUCUUCAUUUAACCGUGAAACGUGUUUGUGUAUCGACCUUGCCAAUGGGCGUAAGUGCAAUCGCGGUCGCGGCGUCAGUGUGCGAACGUCCCGACUUGCAACUGGUAGCCGUUGGCCGUCUGGAGUGCAGUGCCGGAAGCUCUUGUUUUUUUUUUCCCAAGUGUUAAGGCUUGGACCUUAAAUAUCUGUGAUGGAGAGAAGCCCUUGGCAGCUGCCAGUUGGUGCCCUCGACUGCAAAAUGUCUGCGUGCGGAGCGAAACAAAGCGAGGCAUGGGUUGAGCCACCAGUAAUGCACAAUCGAGGGAUGCCAUAUUGCACGUGCCACUGACCAAGCCAAUAGCACACGUGGGUGCUUUAAGUAUUGGUAAUGGUGGUAACGGCUAUGGAUUUAGCACAGUUGGCUUGAGCAAUGGAUUGACCUCAAUUUGAAUAUAAACAUGAGAUGGCUCGUUUUACGUUCCUUAUGCCGAUAUAUUAUGUCUGGCAAUGGGCCACACGUUUCUUUUUAGGUUGAAUUUUUAAUGUGGCUGAGGUGGCCAGACGGCUCAUGGGACUGUAAUGGCAAUGUCGGAGAUUUUUGGUUCAAAACCCCGGCUCCCACCCGUGAUCAAACACCCCAUCUCAAGUGUAGAAAGUUUGGUGGUCUUAACCCAGUCAUCAAUGAACACAAAAAACAUCUUCCAGUGUAAAUGUUACUCCUUAUUUCGGCGUAGCCCUAAUUUGGAGGCUAAAGUGGACCAAUAUCUUGGAUGAUUAGCAUUCGACAGACCACUCUUUUACAGAGCAUUAACGAGUGCCAUCUAGUGUUAGAUUUGAGGAGCAGUUAAAGUGACUCAGUAGUUCUGCAGUGUCAACUUCCGGAGCCGUUCCAUGACAUGACAUGAGGCUCUGCCGCCUGUAGGUGUUUUGGAAGAUAACAUCUCCAUCGGACAACAUGACUAAUACCACAGUGAGGUGUAAAAUAUAGCCAUGUGUUUAUAGAUUCCCAAAAUGACUUGGGAAUCUGGAACGGCCUCACACGCAUAAAAUUGCCAGAGGGCAUCUUAGAUACACUCUUGGAUAGAACUGAGUCCCUUAAACACACUUAGCCUGGGAGAUGUUUUUUUUAUAAGCUUCCCUUGGUGUUUGACGUAAGUUCAUGGUACAUUUUAAGACCAUGUCGUUGAACACCUGUUGGUCAAAAGCAGACAUUUUGUGUCGUCAAAGUUGAUGGCUGCCCUGGAGUAUUUCUUGUGCCUUGUUUAUGGUUCCUUUAAAAAUGAAAAAUAAAACUGAAUGAGCCACGGUACUGCACAUCCACAACUAUUUAUACAACAUGUUCCGAUAUUUCUUAAUUUAAUUUUUUAAAUGUAGACUUUCAAAAUAGGAGGCUGCUUACUAGAAGCCUCUAAACAGCCUUGGAAUAUUUUAAAGGCAAGAGUUGCAAAGCACGACUAAAGUUUUGAUGGCGAAGCUGUUUUGUGAAUGGAAACGUAAUACUUCGACUUAUUUAGUAUGAAUCUUUUGGUAAAUAUAGCCAAUGUCAAACAUACACACUACAUAUGUCAGUGGUAUAUUCAAGCCAGGAUAUUCUGGAUGGCUGGGUGUCCCAGCAGUUAGAACGCUUACCAGAGCCAAUUUGCAUCGAAGGUAUGGUUCCUGAUACAGCCCCACAGGAUUUACCAAACGGCUCCAUCUGCUUUGAAGUGGACACUAAAGGCCAACAUCUUAUAUUAGCUGAGAAUGUACUCUGUUAAAAUUUCAGUUGGGGUCGAAUUGGGGUCAACUUAGCCGACCAUUGGACUUCCAGGGUUGAUUAAACCAGUGCCACUUCAUUCAGCGACGUCAGCUGUCUGUCAUUGAAAUGACUCUACCCUGCCAUAAUAACAUGGAAUGUCAUACCACUGGCUCAUGAACAGCAGAGAUGAGCACCGACUAAUGCUCGGUUUUAUCAUGGAGACAAUUUUACUCCAUUAUAUGUACGUGUGUGGUGUAUACAGUCUAGAAUAAGAGGUGAAGAAGUUAUGCUGGCUUUAAAUUUGACGAUUGAACUAAAACUGCUUCGUUAAUUUGUGAUGAGCAGUGAUUUCAACAACAGAUGAUUUCCGCCAAACAAAGCUGUUUUACAAAAAUCACGUCGCGUGAAUUUGUUCAAGCUUUGCAACGCUUCCCUUGAAAAUGUAUUCCUUUUGCGUUGUUUUUGCAAGCAAUUGUGCGUUUUUUUGAAUCUUUAGCAUUGAGUGAGUAACAACAAAUGCACGACGCGUGUGUGUGCGCACAAGGGAACGUUGUCUGAUAAUCUCGUUGAUCUGUACUGGUUGAAAGCGAAAUGUGCUUUGUUGCGAUAACGAUGAUGUUGGCGACCAUGAUGUGAUUCCGCUGGUUUUAAAGGCAACGCGACUAAUGUUUAGAUCUGGUGUAGGUAAGAUUGAGAUUACGUGACGAAUCGGCCAACUGAGCCUUACUUAAAACUCACUUGAUUUUAAUAACAGCAGCAACUGUAACAUCUGCACGGGAGCCUGAGGCGGUGUUCUGGGUUACGCCGUGCAGUCCUGUAGUUGUGGGCAUCAGCUCACAUCGUUUACAUCUGAUCAGUGAACUCUGUCAAUUGAGCCAAUGGCCAGCAACAGCUCUAGCAUCAGCUUUUGUAACUGAAACAAUUGUAUUCAGGCCUUUUUGACUCACCCCCAACAAGGACGUUGCGGUUUUCCCGUGAUCUCUAUGAACUGGGCUGUUUCUUAAUUCCGACUCUGCCGCCUACCACCAUGGCUCCAGUAACAGUUCACUGUGGUUCUUAUUUAGAUUUAAAGCUUUCGUGACUGCAGGGAUUCAUCUUCUUGGUUCUUUCGGUAAAGUCACGUAGAAGGGAAAUAAUAAAAUAAUAAAAAUAAAACAAUAAAAUACAAUUUUCACGACGUUUCGGCCACAACGCAAGCAGCCGUCAGGUGAAGAAC